ACAGUAAACAUAAACAGACCCCAAAGUUUUUACAUCCCGAGGUAUUUAGUCUAUUAUUUGAAUUGCUCCUGCAUUUCUAUUGUUCUUUAAUGACCUUUUAAUCUACUUAUUUUCUAUUAUAUUUACCAAAUGUUACAAACAUAUAUUUGUAGGCAUAAUUUAUAAAUAUGAUACUCAGGUUUAAGACCUUUUAAUACAUGUGUUAUUAAGCAAGUUGUAAAUAAAUUAAACUGAUCCUCAAAACCUUUUGCCUAUUUCUGGUGACACAAGUAAGGCAUAAGUGUGAAGCUAUAAAAAAAUGUUAUUGUAAAAUAAUACAAAUAAAAACUGCCAAUGUUAUCCAAACAUUUUUUAUUGUGUUAACCUAGUUUGGUGAUUGACGUGUAGGCCUCGUUAAUGUGAUCACAAAAUAUUCUGUUGACUUUCUAGUGAUCAAAAAGUGUAUAUUUUCUGCUUUUCACUCACAGUGCUGCCUGUCUCCUUGCGUUUGCGUGCAGGGCAUGCUGUUAUCUGGAAAGGGCUUGAAUCAAACGCCCGCCGUUUUGUUUUGCGAAUCCAGCAACUUCGCCAUUGGUUUACGGCACCAUCCAAUCGGAGACUCUGUUUAUCACGGGGCGCGUCUCACGGGCACGCUUCUCAUUGUGUUUACCAAACCAAUGGGCGAGCGCGUUCCCCUACUGUCCCUCCUUCGCGCGUAGUUGUGGCACUAGCGGAUACAGUGGGAGAGUUUCUGUGUGGAUGUGCGAUCUUCGAUUCACUAGAAGCCUGUACUUCUACGAUGCAUCUCUAUACCUCAACUGCACAAUACAAUCUGCAGACUAGGAUGUAACUAUUUCCACGUUUUUCUUUGUUGUACGCCGCUUUUUUUCAUUUGUAUGUUUUCGUACUAUUUUUUUAAUCAUUAAUUGUUAUGCAAGGAAUAACUUACCAAACAUGACCGGGACAUACCUUUUGGUCGGCAAGGCAAAAACUCGACUGAAUGCAAGACGACCUAUCCGAAGUUCAUAAAAGGGAUUAUUGCAUCUGGGAAGCGUUCGAUGCUUCUGGCUUUUCCUCUGGAUUGGGGGAUUUAUUUCUUCUCGACAGAAUGGAAAGCCGGGAUUUCGCUCCUCCACACCACCUCUUGACAGAGCGGGGCGCGUUGGUUCACCAUGCCGCCUCUCGGAUAACUCCUGGCGGCCACAGCACCGUGCAGCACCCCGCUCAUUUCCAGCCCGGAAAAUACUAUCCCUCUCACAUCUCCAUGGCCCCACAUUCAGGUGCGUCGUUCAUGGGCUCAUUCCUGGCCAGCAGUUUGGGCUCUCCCCAGUCUCACCCAUCUGGCCCCCCUGCCUCCCCUUCCUCGCCCUCCUACAGGGGAGUACCUCACUCCAGCGCAUCUCCCAUCUGGUUCCCCCACUCACAUGAAGGGUAUCCCCGUUAUUCAGGAGGUCUGACCUCCCCUUUUCUUCCCAUGAGCCACUUGGAUCACCAUAGCAACAGCAGCGUUCUCUACGGACAGCACAGAUUCUACGACACUCAGAAAGAUCAUUUCUAUCUGAGAAGUCUGCCGUCCCAGCCCCCUCUUCUCUCAACCAAUCACAGCCUUCCGCCACUGUCUAGGACCGCCCCUGGACAUCCUCUGGGGUCCUGCAGCAGGGAAACAGAAUCUGGGGAAGGAGGAGGAGGGGGCGGGGGAUCCCAAAAGAGCUCCAAAGAACCGGGGAUGGUGGAAAAGAGUGUGUCGAGAGAGAGAUCCAGCAGCAAAGAGAGGCCCCAGGAGAGCAAAGAGCGACAUCAUCAUCACCACCAUCAACAUCAGCCUCAUGCACUUUCUCACCCCCACUUCCUCCCCACUCACAUUGGUGAGGAGGACCACAGACACAAAACCCCCAACCUGCCCAUGGAAUACAGGGACGACUCCACAAAGCAUGGAAACGACCCCUUAAACCAGGGUGCCAAACACAUGACCAACUGUGCACAACUAAGUAAACUAUCCAAUGGAGACUCUGGGUCUGCGUCCAAGGCCGCAUCCCUGAACAGCUGUGGGGGUGGAGGUGAAGGGGGUAACAGACCCCAGGGGAGUGGUAGUGGGGGGGCGAGACGAUGCUCCAAGGAAGGGGGCGUGAGCGGGGAAAUGAGGAUAAGUGAAACUGUCCCCUCCUCCUCGUCAGACUGUCUGCGUCGAGCAGCCAUGAUGGGACCCCACAACCCCCAUGCCAUGGCUUCCUACUCCAUGCCUCCUCCCCCUCCUCCGCCACUACAUAUGGGGCCUGCUGUGGGAGGGGGCUGGCUGCACCAUCCUCACCAUCCCCAUCACCCCCACCCGGAGUUCUACUGCCCCCCUCCCCCUGCCCCCCUUACCCUCACCCCCCCUAAAGACAGAGGAUCAGGGAGGGAGGCGAAAGGCUCUGGCCCUACGUACGUUCCCUCGGUCGGGCCUUUUGGGGACAUGGGGUCCCCUGACUGCCGUGGUGCUGGAGGAGGAGUGGGUGGAAGCGGAGCUAAGGAUGUAAAAGGGGCAGAGAAGAGCGGAGGAGGAGGAAGAGGUGGAGGGUCUAAUGAAAGUCUUCAUUCUCUUCUUAAUCCACAUCAUCCUCAGUCUAGUAACUGCCAGAGGAAGCCGUCAUCCCAGACGCAGCAGCCCCAGCCCCAUCAACAGCAGCUGGGCUACGGCAAGGCAGACAAGCCUCCAGACUGGAACCAGAACCACAAAUACAACCAACACCACCACAGCCAGAACAACCAGCCCAAAUCCCAGCCUCAGCCCCAUACCUCUAACCCCCAAUCCCACCACCCUAACCCCAAGCCCGGGCCUCGCUCCUGCAGCCUAGAGGCCUCUUCUUCCAGGGGAGACUUGGAGGUCCUAGAGGUCCACCGGCCCUCCCUGCCUCUUGAAGCCCAGAGCGCUUACCCCGGGGUUGGGCACCAUGCCACCAAGACUGGGCCCUACGCCAGCACCCCGCCCUUCCGGGACUGUUCACACUCAGCUCCUCCUGAGGGAAAGGGGGGGUCAGGGGGGAGAGCCCAAAGAGUGGGGCAGAAGGUUGCUAGGAUAAAGCACCAGCAGCACAGUAGUCAUGGCAGCGGGUCGGGUUCUGAUGGAUCAGGGACUGAAAGGGGGAGAGAGGGAGGUAGGCAGAGUCAGAAUCAGAAUGGUGAGGGUGGUGUUGUCAUGGGGUACGGGGUUCAAACGCCCCCCACACUGCACCCUUGGGGGGUACUGAGAGGUCCUCAAGAGGACGAGAGGAGGAUGUCCCCCCACACAGAGUCCUACCCCGAUAACAGGACUCAAAACCCCCAUGACCAACAGCAGUCUAUGACAUCGCCUCACCCCUCUCACCCCCACUCCAACCCAGAGGGAGAGAGCAGCGCCAUGAAGAACCUAAUGAACUACAGUUCGCAGCAGCCUUUGCUGCUCUCCCAGAGGAGUCCCUUCGGGGGGCUGGGCUGCCUGAAGCAAUGCGGGGAGAAGGGAGUGAAGGGGGGUAGACCCAGCGCCCCUCAGGAUCCCCCCAAACAGCCCCUACCCCCUAGGAGAGGGUCCACCAGCGAGGGGGAAAGGAUGGACGGAGGGGGAAGAGGGGGGAGGGAGGCGGGGGAGACACACGGGGAGGGGGAGGUGCGACAGCCCCCUGUGGGUAUAGCUGUGGCGGUUGCCCGGCAGAGAGAGCCCCCCCAACGCCCGUCUGAUACCCCUCCAGGACACAGCCGACAGGGCAGGGUGCUGCCCAGCAUCAAAGGUAUGUCUCGCUCUGUGUACCCGCUGGGCCGGGAGGCAGAAGAGAGGAAGAGGAUGACAGAGGAGCAGCUGAGCCUUCAUCACCUCGACCGAGACAGAGAACUCCUCAUCAGGGAAAACAAGGAGAGAGGGGAGUUUGCCAGGAUCCACCCAUCCAGCAGUUGCCAUGGUGACCUGACCUCUCACCUUCUGGUGCCCGGCGGGGCCAGCCAAUUAGGUGGAGACCCUUCUGCUCAUGCCCACCACCAUUGGAUGCAGCGGACUGGAAGUCCCUCCCUCUGGAUGGGCCAUUCAUAUGGUCUGAGCCAUGCUGCUCUGCACCAGAGUAUGGGCCCAGGGUUCGGCCCUGGCCUGCCCAGCCCCCUGCAGCCUGUCCUGCCUCUGUCCCAGGACCCCUCUGGCUCCCUGGUGGUCCUGCCCUCUGAGCCUGGAGCACACCACCACCUGGAUGUGAUGGACCAGUCAGCUCUGUGGCCCUCGGUCUACGGAGCCCGAGGUCCCUCCCCCCACAUGCAGCAUCACGCUGUUUACUCCCGUUCGCCGUUCCUACGGCAACAGGAGCUCUACGCCCUGCAGCAUCAGCACCACCAGCAACAACACAGGGCCAUGGAGCACAUGCAUCGGCAACACACACUCUCACAGAGGAAGGCAGAGGACACCACUAUCACCAUUGACGACCCUCCUCUCCACGACACUUCGAGAACCUCCCGUGCUGCUAAGCCCUUCUCCCAUACCCCUCCCUCCAAGACCGCCCCACCCUCCCAGGGGGUGUGUCCCAGCAGUCGCCAAGCACCCUGCUGCAACUCCCCUUCCAGGAGAACACACCCCCAGAACCGUUUAAAUCCCGCCCCCAGCCCUGCGGCUGCAGCCCCUAGAUCCCCAGCUCUAAGCCCCGCCCCCUCACACCUGUUGAAAGGAGCGGAAAGAGGGGAAAGAGGAGAGGGGCAGCCGCCUCAGGAUUACCCACAAUCCUUAGAGCCAGAUCUUCCACCGGGUUACACCUAUCCAGAAAUCACCAUGGGUUACAAGGCUGGUCCUUCCCCAGAGGAGGCCCGAUUGGCUGAACAUGCUGAUCUGGAGGUGGAGCCAGCUGAGCCCUGCCCUAAGCCCUGUCCACACACCGUGAGGAAUGUGGAGGAUGAGGAGGCAAAACCAGAGAAGAAGGAGAACGGGUGUAAAGUUGUAGAAUCUAGUGGAGUUGUAGAAAGGGAACGAGAAGGAGCAGAGGUGGAGGGCCAAUCAGUAUCUGAGCCCCCACUAUUUGGCAGUGGAGUGAAGACUCUUGAAAUGGCGCCGUUUCCUGCCCAAGUUUCAACCUCAGCCACAUCCCAAGCCACACUUCCAGCUCCAUCUCUAGCCCCAGUCUCUGCUUCUGAGGAUGCCCAGAAAGGAGAGGUCUCUGUGGGCGGCCUGGUCCAGCCAGCUGGCUUGAAGGACCCACAACCAGCACAAGCGAAGAAAGAUGAGAAGGAGGAAAGUUCAGCAAAAUUGAAAAAUAAUCACCUACCAGAUUGUACUGUUUCUCUGCCCCUUGAGCUAACUGGACAUGGGGAGAAUGAGGAGAGAGAGAAGGGUGAGGAUGUGGAGGAGAAGGAAAAGGAGAAGGAGAAGGAGAAGGAGGAAGUUAGGAUGAGUACGAGUGAAGCCUCUGUAGAGAUACUAAGCAGCCCACGGCCCUCUCCAGCCCCAACCUCAGCCUCCACCCUCAGUGAUGAUCCCUGCAUCUGGAGUCUGGAGCUUCUUAUUGCCGCAGCGUUGUGUGCCACCCGGGAUGCCUGCUACCCCCCUGUGCCCCCCUCCAAUACACUCCUGCCCGCCCCAUGCCCACUCCCACACCGAGGCAUGGAGAUCCUGGGAGAGUUGGCUGAGCUGGGGAUACUGCAGAGGAACAGGGAGAAGGAGAGAGAGACAGGAAGUGAAGAUGUUUUGACCUUUGACCUGCGUAGCCUGGCGACCCUGGCUGCGGCCCGCAGUCUGGAGCUGGGGGGAGGAGCUACAGGGACGGGGGAGGGGCAGCAGUGUAUCGUCAGAAGGACCCUCAACCUGCGACGGAAAUGCAGCUGGAUGCCUCGCCACGAGCCGGUGUGUCCAGUGAAGGCUGCCAUGGAGACGAUGGAUGAGGCGGAGCUAGCGAUGCGAGUGCAGCUAGCGGAGAUCCAGAGACGUUACAAAGAGAAACAGAGAGAGUUAGCCAAGCUGCAGAGAAAACAUGACCACCAGAAAGCAGAGACCUCUCACAGCCCUGUUCGUAGACGACCUGGUCGCCCCCGGAAACGCAAGUCUACCCCGGGUCCCAGCGCCUCAGAUGGCCCCAAGAGACUCAGGGCGGAGGAUGAGGAAGCAGAAGGGGAUGGAGAGAAGCAGAGGAAGAGGAUGACCAAUCAUGGCUUCCUCAAGAGGAGGAGAGGUCGUCCCAGCCUGAGCUCCAGACUAGCACGGAGGGUGACCCAGCUGAAGCAGAAGGCUGUGGCCCAGAGAGGUGCCCCAUCAGGGGGCAUGCACCGCCACAGAGUGGACCCCAGACCUGGAGCCCACGCAAACUGCAGAGAGAGUGACAAAGCAGCCAAUACAUCCAGUGCCCAGCAGGACUGGGCGCCCAAUCAGGGGGUGAGGAGGAGGAGGAGAGGUCGGCCAAAGGUCAAACAGGGCGGACCAUCGACCAGAGUCCUCCGCAGAGCGGGCGAGGACUCUGUGAACCAGGAAGUGAACGAAGGGAAGAGCAAUAGCGAGACCUCCGGCCAGGAGGAGGAAGAUGAGGGGAGCUAUGACAGCGACAGAGGAACCAAUGACGUCAAGACGACGCCACCAUCCUCCAAAGACACGCCAAUGAACACUGCUGCGAUUGGACCAGCCGCUAAGCUUCAAGCCAAUCAGAAAGCCAGGAGCAAGAAGGAGAGGCAAGGUGAUGAUGCAAGCAUGCCCAGUGCGGAGCUGAGGAUGAGAGGAGCCCCCUGCACGCCACGUCCUGCUACUGCAGACCGGAGACGCCCAGAGCUCCAGGAGCCACAGGGGGCUAGGAGAGGACCUGUACCUAGCUGGAGGGCCUCAUCAGUGGGCAACAGCCUCGAGGACAGCAGGGGGGUCCAGGGACCUCUGGCGGAGGCCGAGAUGAAGAGCUCAGGACCCCAAAGCAUUCUGGGACAGAGGAGAGGCUGCUGGCUGGAAACUGAGACCCAGAGAGAGGACACCACCAGGGGCAGGAAGAGCAGGAAGAAACAGGCUAAAGGGCGUGCAGUGAGUCGGCUGCUGGAGAGCUUUGCGGCUGAUGAAGGAUUCCGAUUGGACGAGGAGAGUAGCUUCUCCGAGGGGGAGGAGGAAGACAUGGAGCAUACAUCUCACACACGCAGAGCACCAGCAGUGCUUAACUGUGUGCUGAGCAGGGAGAUGCUGGUGGAUGGUCUGAAGGUGUUGAUAUCUAAGGAGGAUGAGCUGCUGUAUGCUGCUCGACUACACACUCUGGACCUGCCUGACAUAUUCCGUGUAGUGAUUGAGGGGGAGAGGGGGAACAGACCAAGGAUCUACUCUCUAGAACAGCUAUUAGAGGAAGCGGUGUUGGAUGUGCGGCCACAGACGGAAGCCAUCUUGACUGCCGGGAUGCGUGUUUGUGCCUACUGGAGCGAACGCUCCCGCUGCCUCUACCCUGGAUACGUCCACAGAGGGGGUCUGGGAGAAGAGGAGAAGGAGGGCAGUGUGAUGGUGGAGUUUGAUGACGGAGACAGAGGAAGAAUCUCUCUGCCCAACAUACGCCUGCUACCCCCAGGUUAUCAGAUACACUGUGCGGAGCCAUCUCCAGCCCUGCUCUCACCUGGUCGUCGUGGUCGCAGAAGCUCCACCCAGGACAGUACAGACAAGCCCACAGAGAGACCAACCAAUGGGGAGACAGGAGGGAGGAGCCAGGAGCGGAGACCAGUAGGACGACCCAAAAAGGUCAAGCCAGGGGCCAAUAGUUCCUCAACAACAUCAGAGAGUGUAACCAGUGGCAACACUUCCUCGUUAAGCUGGCCAGCAAAGAGACUUCCAGUGGACUUCUUCCUGUUCAACGGGACGUCUCGUAAAACCCACCGAGGGGGUCACCAGCGAGACUUGGGGGUGUUCCACCGCCCCGCCACACACCCCUUUGCCCCUCCUGCUCCCCUCAAGGGCAUCUUCCGUUCCCCAUUCGAGAUCGACUCCUUCAGUAGCAUCGCCAACGGUUACGCUGGAGCCUUCGGUACCGGAACCCAACGGCCUGUAACCACGGUAAUGCCUCUGGGGCUGAGGGACUCUGUCACCAUGACAACAGCACCCUCCAACAGGAAGUCGAGCGACAGAGAGAGAAAACAGUUCCUGGUGAAGCUGGAUCAUGAGGGUGUGACGUCGCCCAAAACCAAGAAUGGGAAAGCUCUGCUGCGUCUGGGGGGUGGCAGGGGGCACAAGGGUCCCUCUGCAGGGGUGGCGGGUGCACCCCUGAGGUACAUCCACCCUGCUCUGGUAGUGAAGGACAGGAAGAAAGGAGGAGGAGAGAGUGGAGUGUCCAGGUCUGAGCUGCUCCUAAAGGGGGCUCCAGCCCUCAGAAAAGGGCUCCCCUCAUCUGGUUUAGGGGGUCUGGGGGGUGAGUUUGGAGCUCUGGACUGCCCCAGCGACUGCCCCAGCUCUUACUCUGAGCUGGAUGAGGAUGAUGAUGAUGAUGAUGGAGAUGUAGCUCGGAGGAGAGCAGCAGCAGCAGGUGCGGGACGUUUCCUCUCCCGUCUCUCCGUCUGCUCCUCGUCCUCCUCCUCUUCCUCCUCCUCCGGCUCCCUCUCUUCAUCCUCCCUCUGUUCUUCCGACAAUGACUCCUCCUACUCCUCAGAUGAAGAAGGGUCUUCAUCCCUCCUUCUCCACAGAGCGCUGCUCCAGCAGCAGAAACACAAACACAGGCAGAGCUUGACCUCUAACCGCUUAACCCCUGACCCCUCCACUAACCCCAAACCUAACGCCGCCUCCUCAGCCUCUGCCCAACCACACGCCUAUGUUGCCAAGGCAGCCAUGACCAUCACCGGAGGUUCAAAGGUGAGAGGAAGUGACAGAGGAGAGGACAGGAAAGAGUACACAUCAAAGGGAAGGACUAAUAGUAGCAGUAGCGCAGUCAAAAACCAAACCAAGAGGAGAGAUGGUUCCGGGUCCAAUACACACAUUGCGAUUCCCAACACACACACUUCGACCCCCAACACCCCAGCCUCCCAGCCCAAACCUCCCAAGGACCACCCAGCAGCCAAGAGGCAGAGGAUGUUGUCACCGGACCCCCAUCCCAAUAUGUCCGCCCUCCUGCCAGGUCGCCAGCUGUGGAAGUGGUCUGGAAACCCCACGCAGAGGCGUGGUCUGAAGGGUAAGGCCCGUAAGUUGUUCUACAAGGCGAUCGUGCGUGGUGGUGAGACGGUGCAUGUGGGGGACUGUGCUGUAUUCCUGUCCCCCGGUCGGCCCCAGCUGCCCUAUGUGGGGCGAGUGGAGAGCCUCUGGGAGUCCUGGUCCUCCAGCAUGGUGGUCAGGGUCAAGUGGUUCUACCAUCCCGAGGAAACACGCCUGGGGAAGAGGCACCACGACGGAAAGCAUGCUUUGUACCAAUCAAGCCACGAGGAUGAGAAUGAUGUCCAGACCAUCUCACACCGCUGUCAGGUGGUCAACCGUGCCGAGUACGAGCACCUGAUUCGCAGACGCAAGUCAGGGGGCGGAGCUCAGGACCUGUUCUACCUGGCCGGAACCUACGAACCAACCACAGGCCAGCUAGUCAGCGCCGAAGGCGUGGCCAUCGUCCCCUAGCAACAACUAUGGAGUGUAAACAAAGCAAAGCCUUCAAGAUGGCUACCUCAUCUCAUAGGGCUGGACCGAGCUACUGGCGCUGGUGUCAGUGAAGCAUGGUUCUGUCCAGAACUAGAGAGUCCAGAAAGGAGGAUCUUCCUUGUUCUGGUUCUAGUUCUUGCUGGUUCUGGAUCUUGGUUCUUGGUCUUAUUUGGGUGUGGACGAUCCCAAACCCCAACAGGGAUAACAGCACUUUGGACCGCAGUGGAUUCUAUUAUCAGCACGGGAGUCAUCUGACCUGAAGAGGGACUUCAGUACUCUACUGACCUAAAACAAAGACAAACAGUGCCCACUCUACACUCUGUCUCCAAUAGUUGUUUUACAGUCUGUCAUAGAGUCAAAGACUGUCAUAGACUGACUCUUAGGCAGUCUGACAAAGAGAGACUCUCACCAGGUUGUUGCUGUAAGUGAGAAUGUUGUUUUCACUUCUCAGCCUAUAGAUCUGGUUAUAUAGAAUACACAAAAGAGACUGGGCGAGAGAGAGAGAACGUAAGGAGAGGAGAGGAGAGCAGAGACUGUUCUCUCCCCCUUCAGGGUUUAAUGGUCUUUCUGGUGCCCACACUGGUCUGAUGAUAAAUGAACAACGGCAGGAUUGAGAAAUCCCAACAGGACCAAAAACACUGUAGUUCUGAAGUGUGUGUGUGUGUGAGAGUGAAAGUAUGAGUGCGUUUGUGUGCUGAGUGGUUGUAAUGGAUGCAUUUGGUACUUGAAGUGCUCAGAGUAAAUAGUGCUUUAGCGUGUGUGUUUGCUUGUCUGUGCGUGCGUGCAUUGGUCUCUAGUCUAGACCUCACCAUGGAAAACCCUCAAUGUCUUUAACACUCAGAAAGUAAACCUACUAAACGUAAAUCUAUAAAUAUUAAUUAAUAUAUAGAUCGAUUUACUAACAGCUUCUUCUCUAGACAAAAAAAAAAGACAAAAAGGAUGAUUAUUUCUCCAGUCAAGCCAUACACUUCAAUACCUCUCAUAUCCUCCUAUUCAGGUGCAUAGAUGUACAGCUUAAUUAUUUGUCUAUCUCUGUGUGUUGUACAGCAUUAUGUAUAAAGACGUUAUGAUUCAACUGUACAUAGUAUACAUAUAUAAUAUACACGAAGAGAGAAAUAUAUCCCUCUUUGUUUCUCUUUAGGUUGUGUUAUUUUUCAAAUAUUUUUCUUUGAGUUGUUCUUUUGGCUUAGGGAGGAGAAAGUUUUAGUCCUCUCUUCCUGCACUGAGUAUGUGGUGGGGAUGGGAUGGUAUGGGGUCCAUGAGGGGUAAAGCUGUAAAUAUGCUACAAGGGAAGGGUUCAAGUCCCAUUUUUGGGAUUAGGGUGGAUUUGAUGACUUGGGAUGGAAGGGGAUGUUUUUAUAAGAAAAGUGGAAAAGGCUUUUUGUGUCGACAUCAUCAUUGGUCUGUUUUGUAUAUUUUUCAUAUAUGUUUUUAUUGUGUCUAUUGUUAUGUGCUUAUUCUCCUGAGGGGGUUUAACAGAAAUAGAAAUACUGGACAGAAACCGAGUUUCUUCUAUUUGCUGAUCCUUAAAGAUCUAGACCGGAGAGUUCUAGAUGUUCUAUAUCUAUAUUAUAUUCUUAGAGGAGAUCUAUGUAGGUAUUUAUCUGGCCUCAAAAAAACAAAACCAAAGCGCAUCUAUGUUUACGCUUGAUCACAUUAGAAUACAAUAUGAAGAAAUAUACAAAUCUGAAAAUAUUCAAUCUAAUCAAAAUUCCGGGAUCCUGCAAUCAUAUUGAAGUAAAAUACCUGUGUUCCCUCAUACCUGUUGGCAUAGAACAUCGCUUCACCACCAUGUUGCCAUGGGAGCAACGUUUUCUUUCUGCACAUUGCCCGGCUGUUGCACUUGAAGGCUCCAUGACAACCGUAUAUGACAUUACAUGAAAGUAAAGGACAAUCAGAGCCAAUCAAAAGAGGGUAAUAUAUAUUUAGAAAAAAGAUCAAAUCAAAAUUGUGCUUAAUCUUGUUCCUGCAUUGCCAAAAAUGUCUCUUUCUGUUUUUAAUAUUUUUAUUUUGCCAUUGUCUUUUUCCUGACUGUUAUGCAAGCCUGGGAUGACUGUGUUUUCAGUGUUGAGGUUUUUACAAGGACAACAUUAAUGCCUUUUCGUUUGCGACUUACAUGGACUCUUUUUAAACAUUGUUGCUGUUACACUGCGAAGCAAAAGCUUUAAAAGAAAUCUAAUGUGAACAUCCAUAUUAUGUUACUUUUUGUAGGUCUUGAAACAAUUUUUUAAAAGCUGUAUUUUCUUAAAGAAACACUGGAUUCAGUUCUAAACAUCACAUUAGGUAGUGUCAUCAUCCUUGUGCAACCUGUUUUGGAGGCCCACUGGAAACAAUUGACUUUGUAGGGUUGAUAUAUACUUUGUAACAUUUGUCUCAGUCAUUGUUGGAAACAUGACUAAAAUAUUUCCCCUGUGUAAAAAAACAAACAAAAAAGAAAAGUUAUUUAUCUUAAUUUUAUUGCCUUUGUGUUGCGUUUCAUUAAAAAAAAACACUAAAAAUGA